CAGAGCUGAGAACCUUCCGCACAACUAGAUUUUCGUUGCUUCCGGUCAAUGCUGGUGUAAGUGAAAGUGUGGUAGACGCUGUUAUGAAAAUGAGUGUGUCGUGCGUGAGACGUGUUUGCAACUUGGAAAUGCUCGAGAAAAAAACAGAAACGAAAUGAAACUAGUCCACAAAAGUGUUGACAAGGAUGGAGAAGGGAGUGUUUCCCUUAUUCCGGAGGAGACGGAGGACAUGUGGCACGCAUAUAACCUAAUCAGCGAGGGAGAUUGUGUGAGAGCUUCAACAAUAAGGAAAGUGCAGACAGAGUCCUCCACAGGAUCAUCCACAAGUAACCGGGUUCGAACAACUCUAACAAUUCGCGUUGAGGCCAUCGAUUUUGAUACUCAAGCAUGUAUGCUAAGACUGAAAGGCAGAAAUGUGGAAGAAAAUCAGUAUGUCAAGAUGGGAGCCUACCAUACCCUGGAUCUUGAAGUGAACAGAAAAUUCACACUUUCAAAGCCAGAAUGGGAUUCUGUAUCACUGGAAAGAGUUAAUAUUGCUUGUGAUCCUACACAGAAUGCUGAUGUGGCAGCGGUAGUUAUGCAAGAGGGGCUGGCUCAUAUUUGCCUUAUUACAUCCACGAUGACUUUGGUACGGGCAAAAAUUGAUCAAAGCAUACCACGGAAAAGAAAAGGGAAUGUACAGCAACAUGAGAAAGGUAUGGCAAGAUUUUUUGAAAGUGUGAUGCAGGGAAUUCUUCGUCACGUCAACUUCGAUAUUGUAAAAUGUGUUUUGAUAGCAAGUCCAGGAUUUGUCAGAGACCAGUUCUAUGAAUAUAUGUUCCAACAAGCAGUAAAAACUGAUAACAAAAUGUUGUUAGAAAAUAAAAGCAAGUUUAUGCUUGUUCAUUCAUCAAGUGGCUUCAAGCAUUCCUUGAGAGAGGUUCUCACUGACCCUGCUGUUGCCGCUAAGAUGGCCGAUACUAAGGCAAGUGGUGAAGUCAGAGUUCUGGAAUCUUUCUACACAAUGUUGCAGACAGAACCUGCAAAAGCAUUCUAUGGCAAAAAACAUGUUGAAAAAGCAAAUGAAGCACAGGCAGUUGAGACAUUGCUAAUAUCAGACAAACUUUUUAGAAUACAAGAUGUUAAACAAAGGAAAGAAUAUGUAGCUCUGGUUGAUGGAGUAAGAGAAUCUGGAGGUGAUGUGAAGAUCUUCUCGAGUAUGCAUGUAUCUGGUGAACAAUUGGAUCAGCUGACUGGUGUAGCAGCUAUCUUACGAUUUCCUAUGCCAGAAUUAGAGGAUGAAGAUGAAAGUGAAGAUGAAAAAGAAACCUAGUGGCAUGUCAGUCAUCAAUAUAUUAUGUUUAUUUUGUUUUGUAUUUAUUUAAAGACUCUGUAUCUGUAUUUAUAAGGAGCUUAUGGGUGUUGUACAAGAUGAUUAAUAUAUAUACUACCCGCAUAUAAA